AUGCAAGGCACACUUCCUGAACCGGUACGUCACAAACAAUGCCAUGAAAUAGAUCCUGAAGAUGUUGGCAGCGUCGAAGACUUGUUGGACUUAGAACAGCUUGACUCCAGAAACCUUGCAAACUACAUUGGUCCUCUUUUGGAUGGAGCCACCGAAGUUGCAAAGAAAGGCUUAAAGUUUUUUGCACGCUUGCUACUCAAAUGGAGCUCUCUCCGCUUACCUAAUAAAGCGUUGAGUGAUGAAUGGAAGGAUGGAGAUAGAAAUCGGAUAAAGUCUUCUGGUUCAAUUCGAGAGAGAAAGAACUUGGCAAAAACUGUAAAAGAUUGUGGAUUCCAAUUGCUCAUGGAAUAUCAGUACACUGUUGAGCAAGAGUGGAUUCAUCAUUCUGUGAGGAAAACACAGGUGAAACUCCGUGGACCUGGAACGGAGCCAUGUUUUACGUGGAACAAAUCAUGGAAAGAAAAUGAAGAAAAAGGAGUUCAGUUGCACCACGGAAACCAAAUAUUUAUGAGUACACUAGUAGAACAACCCACACACGCCAAACUGAGUUGCGACAACGAAGACUUCGUCGAAAUCUUGACAUGUUCCAGCACGGGUACAAUCAAUGAAAUCCAUCAAAAAUUCAACACCUCCAAACCGACGGGAGUAUGCACAAUAUCGUGCGGAAACAAGAAGAGCUCAUUCAUCAUCGAAGGAGAACUAAUACAACCAACACUUGCUAAAUUAAGCUGUGACAAUGAAGAAUUCGUGGAAAUAUUAAAAUGCUCAAAUUCUGGAACAACCCAUCAGAGAGAAUUAAUGUGUGUUGCUCAUGAUUCUUUAACAGAAUAUUUCAACCAAAUCCUCAAUUCGGAGAAAAGCAUCACUGACAUACAUCCAAGUCAACUACCCGACUGGACUAGUAUUCUAGAUACGAGAAGAAAAAAUGUGUUGCACGAGUGUGAAGGCAGCUCCGAAGAUCACGAAAACGCCGAAGACCACGAAAAAGUUGUAUUGUUUAUCAUGUAUUUCAAAUAA